AAUUAUUUGGAAUAUACGUAAGAUGCCUGGACCAGACAGAAGAUAACUGUGAAUCAAGAUGGCAAUGCUGAGAGACGAUUUCAAGUACUUUAGGUCAAAUAUUAGCUGCCACAGCUUGUUGCACGUCUCGUACAACUAUCGCUGCUCGAUGUCCAGGAAGCUGGAGGACUGCCAUGAGAUAAUCAACUUCUUCAACUACUUCGAGCUGAUGUAUUGCUACCUGCGCAUUGACGACAAGCUGAUGGAGUCCUUUGCGUUCUUCCUGCUGCUGCUUGCCUCGGUGGCAUAUUUGCUGCUCAUGUCGAUUGUCGUCGAUCACUUCUUUACGCCCACUGUGAAGAUCUUGGCCCUGAACCUGCGCCUCAAUGAGUAUUUCGCUGGCGUCACUCUGCUGGCCUUUGCCAAUUCCUCGCCCGAUUUCGUCGCCAAUCUGAUGCCCAUCCGGAAGCAUGGCGCCCUCUUCACCUGCGUCAUUGGCAACAGUCUGGCCGUGCUGCUCGUCUGCGGCGGCAUGAUCUGCUUCCUGCGACCCUUCAAGAUCGACGGACACAGCACCGUCCAGAACUUACUCUUCCUCGUCCUGGCCAUCGAUCUGCUCCACUUCUUAAUAGUCAGUGAGAAAAAAAUGAGCAGGACUGAGUGUUCCAUCCUCUUAUGCUUCUAUGUCAUCUUCCUGAUUGUCAAUAUAGCUGAUCUUCUACUCAUCAAAUAUACCAUCAAAAAGCUACGCUCCGAGUUGAGGGAACAACGCUAUGCCGAUCUGAAGCAGCGGAAGAAAAUGGCGCUGCUCAAAGAUUUGGAGCUGAACGAUGUGAUCAAUUACGAGAGACGUAAGACAGAUAAGCUUGGCAAGCCCCUUGAGGGCGCAGAUGACGAUGAUUAUCGAACAUAUCGCACGAUUCUUCACUCGCCCAGCAACUCGAAGAAUCGCCUGUUGUUCGGCGAUCUGUGGGACUCGAUCAAUCCGUACAGUGUCUUCGAAUGGAAGGUGGGCAACUGCUUCCGGCGCACGGUGAUGAUCCUGAAGAUGCCCCUGCUGCUGCUCAUCACGCUGUUCGUGCCAGUCGUGGACUACGACAAGUACAAGCAUGGCUGGAGCAAGUUGCUCAACUGCACGCAGAUUGUCACGAAUCCGUUCAUCAUCAUAACUGCGGUGCACUCCAAGUUUGCUAGCGUCUACAAGUCCUGGUACAUCGAUUUCAAUACUAAGUAUUCGGUUUGGUCCUUCUGCCUGACUGUGCCCUUGGCCCUCAUUGUCUUCUUCCAUUCCCGCACCGAUAUGCCGCCACGAUAUCAUUUUCUCUUCAUCACGCUCAGCGCCUGCAGCUCGCUAGUGCUCAUCGUAGUGUGCGUGGGCGAGAUUGAGAUACUCACCUCCAUUGUGGGCGUGGCCUGCAAUCUGAGCGAAACCUUUGUGGACAUUACGAUUGGCUCCUUGACCAAUGCCCUCAUCGAUCUGAUGGCCAACUUCAACCUGGCCAUGCAGGGCUACGAGAAAAUGGUCUUUGCCGCCAUCUGUGCGGGUCCAUUUUUCAGUAUUGUUGUUGGUUUGGGAAUUCCCUUUCUCUUCAAUUCGCACGUCCGCAAAAGGGGCUCGUCGGACUGGCUCUAUGGGGAGUACGGCGAUAACUGUUAUAUAUUCAUCAUGUUGGCCAUAUGGACCCAGCUGUGGUGGUGCCUAUCCCUGAAUUUUCAUUCGCGACGAUCUAUGGGAAUAUUUUCAUGGAUUUUGUAUCUCUUGUUUUUAAUCUAUACGAUUGCAGCUGAGUUUGAUCUGGUGCACGAGUUUACAAAAGAUAGAUUCUUCGAUCUGCAAUAAUAUUAGAAUUUCGUUUACUUAUAUUUGAUGAUG